UUUACUUGUCAGUUGUAAUAAAACAAAAUAAGACGUCUUGCCCAGUCUUGCCAUAACUUUAUGCGAGCAAUAAUUAAAAAUUACCUGAUAUAUUUGAGCAGUGUAAUUUAUUUAUUCUGUUACUACAAUAAUACGUAGAAACUGUGAUGGAAAAAUGUUAUUAAACACAAGAAAAGUGUUAAGAUUGGGGUACUGUGUAUCAAGAAGUAACCUUUACAGACGUUAUGCAAAAGAAACGCCAAAUAUUGCACCAUCGGACGGCAUUAACAUUAGCGACAGCUGCGUAGAAAAAUUAAAACAGUUAUGUGAUAGCAAUGACAAAUUUUUAAGGCUUUGUGUGGAGAGCGGGGGUUGUUCCGGUUUCCAGUAUAAGUUUGAUUUGGACGACAAAGUUUUGGAAGAUGAUAGAAUAUUUGAAAGGAACGGCGUUAAGGUAGUGAUUGAUGAAACAUCUUUAGAUUAUAUAAAAGGGUCAACAGUGGACUACCACACAGAACUCAUAAGAUCAGCUUUUCGUGUCAUACAGAACCCAAAUGCAGACUUAGGAUGUUCAUGUGGAGCAAGUUUUUCUAUAAAAAUAGACUAAUUAUUAAGUUGUAUUUAUUAGAAAAUGUGUAUUUAAAUGUAAAAAAAUAUCAACCUAAUAUUUUUUUUAUUCUGUUUAUUCUGACCUUCAAGUUCAGACAAUCAUUUCUAUGCAAUACUCAUAGUUGUUGUUGUCAUGUAAUUUCAUGAGGUACAGCAGAAUUGAUAAUUUGGUAGAUAUUUUUGUUUACAUUUAUGGAAGGAGCUUGUACAAUGAACCAUACAGUGCAAUAUUUAAAUUAUAAAUUAAUAUAUGUGUCACUAUAGCCUAAACUAUGAAUGACGAAAAUUAGAAAUAAAAAUAGAAAUAUUAUAAUUCUUAUUAAAUGAGGAUAGUUGUUUUAGUAAUGCUAACUUUGAAAAUAAAUACGCAUAGAUAACAUUGUAUUAAGCUUAUCUUAUGCGUAUUAAUAUUGAUAGAAAUUUAUAUUGCAGUCAAAAAAAAUCAUUGAUUUAAUUAAUAUUUUGGUGGAUUGUAUAAAAUAUUUCUUUUACCUGCGCAUGCUCCACAAGUGAUACACGCAUUAAAUUUAUUAUUGCGCGAUAUAUAAACUAUUUAUAAUAGAAAUAUUUUUUGCUAUAAUUAGUUUAUCAGGCUCUAAUACGUUUGGCGGCUAAUAAGAAAGGACAGGUAGAAUAAAUUAAAGCCCCACGCAUGAUGCCCGCUCUGCUUUGGUUGACAGGCACAGGUUCUACAUAAAGACAUUGCUUGUAAAUAUUUUUGUGAAAAUUAUUUAUAAAAUAAACAAUUUUUGUUUGA